AUGGCAACCACUCACGAUGCCAUAUCAGCAAUUACCGAUGUCCUACCUCCCGAGCUCAUUGGUCCUGAGGGCGAGAGAUACGCUGAUCAGAAUAACCACUUGGGUAUACAGGAAUUCUGUUCUGGUGUCAGGAACAUCACUGAGUUUCAGAUUCUCGGUCUGCCAUUCUUUACAGGUAGUUGGCAAAUUCUGGCAUUAGAGCGAAUUCUCGGGGCAGCUCAGAAUCUUAAGACGUUCAGGUUUGUCAGUGAUGGCUAUAGUUGCUGGCAUAUUCGGGCUCGCUCCAAAGUCUCACCAACCCAGUUAAUCGAGUUCCUGAGCCCACGAACACAAAAGACAUUACAGCGCCUCAGUUUGAACUUUGAUGGCAGAGUGGAACCUGGUCAACGUAACUUUCCGAAACCUAAGCCCGUCACGCCCCAACAGAUCAAGCAUUUUACAAAUCUCACUAUCCUCGAGGUCGAUUCUUGGUGCUUCUACAGCCAUGUGCUCCACCACAAUAAGGAUGAACUUAUCGUUGAGCAAGAAACAUACCUAGUCAAUUUCCUCCUGCAGACAGUUCAAACCUUGACCAUCUUCUUGAUAUGA